GCGUUGUGAUGAUUAUUCUCUUUUUCUCGUUCAUAUAGGUAGUUAGGUUCAUUCCUUAAAUCCGGUACUCCCUUUUUUUGGCGAGCGCCUCCUACACUUCCUCCGUACCUGUCUAGUUCACCGAGAGCGACUCUCCUAAGGUACCUCCACGGUAUAGGCAUAUCCCCCAUGCUGACGAGACUGAGAAUGAGAGUGUGAAUUCAGUCUGUGGAAGUAGGCAAACCAGCUUCCUGGUACAUCGGUGUAUUCCUCCAAUGCCGAUCCCGUAUUGAAUACGCUCUGCAGAAUAGUGGUGAUAGCUAUCCGUGCCUGCAUAUGUAGCUAUAUCUUUUCGGUAUGCUGGCUUCACGCCUCUCAACCUCCGUCCGUAGCAGCACUAGCGUUGCUAGGAGCAGGCAACUUAAACUCCGACCUGGAUCGAUGGCCAACUCCCCUUCGACGCAGCCAUCGAUAUGUGUAGCGGCGUCGAGGCCUUUCUCGGCUCGCCCGAGGCUCGCGACAGAACAAUCCAAUAAAAACGCUUCAAACCCGCCCGAGAACCCCUCGGUCGGCGAAUUCAGCUUCGAGGGGUUGGGCAUGACUCGAAACGUCAAAGUCUUCAUCAUCGUGGCACUGAUCGCCUUCGGCAGCAUGGAGACCUAUUUCUGGGUCCAAUGGAUUUGGCGAUGGUGGACAGGUGGCAAGGGCGAUGAGCCAGAAAGCGAGGCUUGAAGCCGGGGCCGGCCCGGGUUUGCCCUCUGUGACGCGAUUCUUUGUUAUGUCGACCGGCCUACUAACAUUUGGCAACCACCAUAACAAGGGCGGCCUCGGGCGUUGCGACCAUUUGUACUAUUUUUGGUAUUCUUAUUGCCCGGGUUCUGGUUGAGGAAUUAUCGUUGCAUCCUACUCUGCUGUUUUCGGUGUACUCUAUAUCUAUCGACAUGCAUAUACCUAGGUACCUAUAUGUCUGUGUGUACGUCCCAGGACCGGGACCAAAACUCGCGCCUCAAUGUAGCGAGCUUCUAGAUUGCGAGCGAAGCUCCCCUUGUACAUAUAUUCAUACCUUGCGCACAUGCAUGUAUGCACACAUACUUACAUACCUAUGUACACGCCUACUCAUAUACAGACCUCACAUCCACG